AUGGCGGGCGCUUGGCUCCCAAACAGCCCCGAGUCCCACGGCACAGGCCAGAGACGAGAGGCGGCCGCCCGGCUUCAAGAUGGCGCCCGCGGCACCUGCCAGCUGUCAAGAUGGCGGCGCGGGGCCGCGCCCGCGCUCCCGAGUUCUCCUUCUCAAGCCUUCCUCCGGCAAGGAGCGCGACUCGAGUCGCUGUGCGCCGGUUGCCCUUCGGCCUGGGUGGUGCGGCUGCUGCCCGCCGCGCACCAUGCGGCUCCUUGGCUGGUGGCAGUUGCAGAGAAAAGAGGUCACUUAUGGUCAGAGGAGCAGCCUGCUUACCCAUUCCAGGUGGGGGCUGGGUACAUGAGUGAGGAGGUGCCUUCCCGUGACCCAGUGGGCCAGGACCUGGCUGCUGAAGAGGCCGAGGCAGUGCUGGGGCUGGACGCUGAUGGUGAACACAUGGUAAUGUUGUCUGUGAUUCCUGGGGAAGCUGAGGACAAACUGAGCCCAGAGCCCAGCAGCGGCACCUGCAGGGCUGGAGGGGAGGAGGACUCGAGGUGCAACCCCCGGGAGAGCCUCUUCUCUCUGGACAGCGCUGGAGCCAGCUUCCCGGAGAGAGAAGAGGAGUACUACGCAGAGCCCGAAGUGGUGGAAUCUGACCCCCCGCCGACAGAGGAUGCCAACACCACCGAAAGUCUGAAAUCCCCGAAGGUGAACUGCGAGGAGAGAAAUGUGACGGGAUUAGAAAAUUUCACUCUGAAAAUUUUAAAUAUGUCACAGGACCUUAUGGAUUUUCUCAACCCAAACGGUAGUGACUGCACUCUAGUCCUGUUUUACACCCCUUGGUGCCGGUUUUCUGCCAGUUUGGCCCCUCAUUUUAACUCUCUGCCCCGGGCGUUUCCAGCUCUUCACUUUUUGGCACUGGAUGCAUCUCAGCACAGCAGCCUUUCUACGAGGUUUGGCACUGUAGCUGUUCCUAACAUCUUGUUAUUUCAAGGGGCUAAACCAAUGGCUAGAUUUAAUCAUACAGACCGAACAUUGGAAACGCUGAAAAUCUUCAUUUUUAAUCAGACAGGUAUAGAAGCCAAGAAAAAUGUGGUGGUAACUCAAGCUGACCAAAUAGGUCCUCUUCCCAGCACUUUGAUAAAAAAUGUAGACUGGUUGCUUGUAUUUUCCUUAUUCUUUUUAAUUAGUUUUAUUAUGUAUGCUACCGUUCGAACUGAGAGUAUUCGAUGGCUAAUUCCAGGACAAGAGCAGGAACAUGCGGAGUAGUGAUAGACUCAAAGGAGAGUUGGAAAGAAGAAUUUCAAUCCUUCAUUUCAGAAAUUAACGCUGCAAUUUCAUACAUUUUCUCCAGCGAAGCGCUGACUUACAACUUCAGAUUGAAAGAAUCAUGUGUUUGUUGAACUGUUGAAUGUGUAAAAAAUUAUAAACUGGUCUUUCUAACUAGUAUUGUAAUAAGCAAAUGCAAAAAUAGUCCAUAACAUUCAGUAAAAAUUCUUGUUUUUACUACUUGAACAUUACCCAGUACUUAAGGGAGUAAUCCAGUUUGACAUGUGAAGAUGUAUUUUGGUGGAAUAGUGAGUAGAAUGACAGUAUGCUUACUAUAUAGAGGCAGAAAUAGGACUUUCAGGUUAUAGUUUUAGAAAACUCUUGAUUUCUUGUAUAUGUCUGAGAAAGUUGGUUUUCUGUUCAUUUGCUAUUUCUCUCCCAGAGUCAGUAAGCAGGAAAGUGUUCUUUUAUGGGAAGAAUAAUUAGGAUCGAUAAGUGUGCCCUUUCAAGUAGCAACCAAUGGGAAAAUAAAGUCAAAUACCGUGGUGUUCA